AAAAGAUUGUUUUUUAAAAAUAAUUUUAAAAAUGCCAAAGGGAUAAACAACAAAUACAUAAAAAGCAUAGAAAGCAGCUAAAAAUGCCAAAGUUGCCAAAAAGGUAGUGAGAGCUAGAAAGCAUUUCUAAAAUAGAUUCCAUACAGAAAAGCCUUUAGCUUUAUCUAGAAAACCCAAAUUCACAAGGUUAGGCAAUAAUCUAAUAAUUCAUAGAUUAACAAGAUAACUUACUCCUAUUUCUAAAGGAUUAGAUUUCUAAAAUGUACUUAGACACCCACUUAUUACAGAAAAAGACAUGAAAAAAAUGGAAGAUGAAAACACAAUGGUGUUCUAUGUUAAUUAAAAAUCAACAAAGCCUUAAAUUAAAAGAGCAUUUUAGAAAAUCUAUGAUGUUAAAGUCAGAAAAGUUAAUGUAAUAACGCUUUAUAUUUUAAGAUCCUUAACACUUUUGGUGGUAAGAAGAAGGCCUAUAUCAGAUUAGGUGGAGAUAAUGAUGCUCUCAACUUGGCUAACAAAAUCGGAAUUAUUUGAGCUCACAAAAUAUUUAUCAAGUACAAUAAUAAUAUAC